AUGUUACAAGAAUCUAAUAAUUUUCAACAUUCAACUGUUGUAUUUCGUAUUAAAGGUAUAAAUUUUUAUCUUAGUGAUCAAACUCCAACAACAACUGUUAUUUCAACAAAUUCUUAUAUUGAUCCAUGGAGUGAAAUUGAUUUAAGAAAUCAACGUAUAUUACAUCCAUUAAAUCAAAAACAAUAUUCAAAUGGACAUAUACGUUUUCAUAAUUAUCAAAAUUCAAAAUAUUUAUCUGAUUUUGAUUUAGAAAAUUUUUCAUCUUAUAAUCGUCAAUAUUCAAGACAACAACAACAACAACAACAAAAUGAUCAAUUAUUACUUCAUGGUUCAAUUAAUCAUUGGUCACAAACAUUUGAUUCAUCAUCACGUUAUUAUAUGGUUGAUUCAAAUAAAAAUGAUAAUUCAUUUUUAAUUGGUAAUAGUAUUGUUAAAUCAAAUAAAGAAGAUUUAUUAAUUGCACUUGAUUGUUCAAAAUUGGAUAAUGGAAAAUUUAUUAAUAAAUAUGGUAUUGAAUUUGAUGAACAUGGUCCAUUUUGGCCAAAAGAAUUUAAAAUUUUACAUCCAACACCAAAAUUAGUUUCACAAUCAUAUCAAAAUAAAGAAUAUUAUUUAAUGUCUAAUUUAAAUGUAAAAGAAUCUAAUGUCUAUUAUAAAAUGAAAACGGUUCGAAUCGGUCAAUCGAUAUGGUCUCGAGAAGAUUUUAAUUUAACAAAUCUGAUAAAAAUUAAUACUCGUCAAAAUGGUGAAGAUGAAGGAGAAAAUGGUGAUAUUUUAGGCGAAAAUAAUAUUCUUAAUGAUAAUACAAUACAAUCAAGUAAAAAAUUAUUUUUAAAUUCUGAUGCACGUAAUAGAAUAUAUGAAGAACGUAAAUUAUUAAUGUCUGAUGGUUCAAUUAAAAUUGAUUAUUGUUUUAUUAAUACGGGAAUUGUUGUCGAUGUACACGGUCCUUUUUGGCCAAUGGCUCAUCCAAUUAAACAUCCAACACCAUCAUUUAAUUUAUUUUCAAUUAUUGAAAAUAAUAAUAAUUCAAAAAGAAAUAACAAUCGAAAUAAAAAUAUUAAAGAAUAUUAUAUAUGUUCAUCUAAUUCUUCUACAAAUCAACAACAACAACAUCAUCAACAAACGUAUGAUAAUCAACCAGCCAUGUUACGUUAUACAGAUACAUUAAAACAUCCAAUACUCAUUUAUGAUAUGGAAAAAUCUCAUCGUAAUCAAGUAGCAAAACAAAAUGCUAAAAUCUAA